UUGUAAGGCCAAGUGGGAAGGGCUUUCGUUGCAGGAAGUUACGGCUGCAAACAAACUGACAGAGAGGGCAGGAGCCUUCACAGAGACAAAAAUAAACCGCCGGAGAGGCGAAGAGAAGCUUGUUCUGAAUGCAACGCGAACCUCCCAGAGGCCUAUUGAAGAAGCAGACAAACACAGACACACGGCAGACGACAGAAAGACCCUAAUGGAACAAAGGGCACGGGCGCAUGAUCGGCCAUCCGCUUGGAAGAUCCUUCGCCAGAGUUGAAAGGCAGGUUCCUGCCGCCACCAUGCCGUUCAGGAGAUGGCCGUGCCAGGCGGGGAGCAGCUGGAGCAGGCUGAAGCAAAUAGAGCCCAAGCAGAAGGCCGGCAGAGGCGUUGUAGCUUCCGCGAUGCACCUGCACUCGGCGCUAGGCGCUGGGAACCGCCUGGUCCUCAAGAGGAUCCUGCGUGUGGACCGGACCUUGUUCUUCUUAAGAUCAGCAUCUCCUGUCAGGGACUUUGUCUGUCAUCUGGGAGGACCCCAGGGGUUCCCAUCUCAGCCAACCUCCCCCAGACCAAGCCAGCCAGCCCUGAAGAAUGUGCCAACCUCUGAAGCCAUCCAGAAACACCGCAAAAACCUCUCUGACUGGUUCCGCCAACAGCCAAACGAGGAGCGUCAGUUUGGCCCGUCGUUCUCACUAGACACAACCCACGUGGACCCUGUGAUCCGGGAGAGCUCCCUGGAGGAGAUCCUGAAGCCUUCUCCUGAGAUGACCAUCCAGAACCAGCUGCAGGCCUCCCGUAGCCACACCAUUGGCCUCCAGAACCUCUUUGACGUGGACGCCUGCGGGAAUCAGGUGAAGAAUGUGGUCCUCUAUGGCACAGUGGGCACCGGGAAGAGCACCCUUAUCAAGAAGAUGGUGAUGGACUGGUGUCACGGCCGCCUCCCACGCUUCGAGCUGCUCAUCCCAUUCUCCUGUGAGGACCUCUCCCAGAGCAGCGCACCCAUCUCCUUGCGGCGCAUGAUCACCAAGAAAUACCUUCACCUCCGGGAGCUGGUGCCCGCCUUGGGCUCCACCCACCUCAAGGUGCUCUUCAUCCUCAAUGGCCUGGACCGCCUCAAUCUAGACUUCCACCUGGCACACACAGAACUCUGCUGCGACCCCAACGAGCCGAUUCCUCCGUCCGCCAUUGUGGUCAACCUGCUGAGGAAAUACAUGAUGCCAGAGGCGAGCAUCAUCGUCACCACACGGCCCUCGGCGGUGCGCCGCAUCCCCAGCAAGUUCGUGGGCCGCUACGUCGAGGUCUGUGGCUUCUCCGACAUCAACCUCCAGAAGCUCUAUUUCCAUUUGCGCCUGCGUAGGCCUGAGUGCCUCGGGGCCUCUGGCCCUCCAACGGCGGAGGAAGCAAACGAGCAGGACAACUUGGUGGAGAUGCUUUCCAGGAACUUGGAGCGGCACAACCAGAUUGCGGCCGCCUGCUUCCUGCCAUCCUACUGCUGGCUAGUGUGCACCACGUUGCACUUCCUUUACUUCACCAAGUCGGUGCCCCCCACUCAAACCCUCACCGGGAUCUACACCAGCUUCCUGCGGCUCAACUUCAGUGGGGAGGUGCUGGACAGCACGGACCCCUCUGACAUCUCCAUGAUGAAAUACGUGUCCAAAACAGUGGGCAAGCUGGCCUACAAGGGGGUGAUGUCCCGGCAGACCUCCUUCUCGGAAGAGGACCUGCACCGCUGCUUUGAGCUGGAGAUGAAGACGGAGAGUGAGCUCAACCUCCUGAAUGUUUUCCGCAGAGACGUCUUCAGCUUCUUCCUGACGCCCAGCGUGCAGUCGGGCAAGGAGCACACCUUUGUCUUCACCAUCCCUGCCAUGCAGGAGUACCUGGCGGCCCUCUACGUGGUCCUGGGCGAGAAGAAGACCCUGGGGCAACGGGUGGGCAAGGAGGUCUCCGAGAUCAUUGGCAAGGUGAGUGAAGAUGUGACUGUGGUCCUCAGCAUUGUCUCCAAAGUCUUGCCUCUGCGCGUCCUGCCGGUGCUCUUCAGCCUCAUCAAGGUCUUCCCCCGCUACUUCGGCCGGUUCACCAGCAAGGACCGCGACACCAUCGCCCGCACCAUGGCAGUGGAGAUGUUCAAGGAGGAGGACUACUUCAACGACGACGUAUUGGACCAGAUCAACUUCAGCAUCCUCGGAGUGGAAGGUCCCAUGCGCCACCCAGACGAGGCUUCGGACGACGAGGUCUUCGAGCUCUUCCCCAUCUUCAUGGGAGGGCUGCUGUCACGGCGCAACCGGGCCAUCCUGGACCAGCUCGGCUGCUCCAUCAAGAACCUGGCAGCCUUUGAGAUUGCCAAGGCCAUGAAGAAGACGGUCAUCCGCAACAGCCGCAAGGGCUUGCCACCGUCCGAGCUCAUGGACUACCUCUUCUUCCUGCACGAGUUCCAGAAUGAGCGCUUCACGGCCGAGGCUGUCCAGUCCUUGAGGACCAUCAACCUCUCCUCUGUCAAGAUGACCCCUCUCAAGUGCUCCGUCGUGGCAUCUGUCGUGGGCACCACCAGUCAUGAAGUAGAGGAGCUGAACUUGGCUUCUUGCCACCUCGACAUCAACAGCCUGAAGAUUCUCUUCCCCGUCUUGCUGCGGUGCAAAAAACUCCACUUGCAGCUUAACAGCCUGGGGCCAGAAGCAUGCAAGGAGAUCAGGGACCUGCUGUUGCACGAGAAAUGCGGGGUGAGCACCCUAAGGCUGGCGGACAACCCCCUGACAGAGCAGGGUGCCCAAUACCUCGCUGAAGGCCUUGCUGGCAACACUUCUUUGACCCACCUGUCGCUGCUGCACACCUCGCUGGGGAACCGGGGCGUGGAGGUGAUCACCCAGCACUUGGCGCAAAACCAGCACCUGCAGGAACUCGACGUGGCCUACAAUUCGGUCUCCGACGCAACUGCCCUCGCCUUGGUGGAGGAGGCCAAGAGGCACGCCACGCUGGAAACGGUCCACUUGUACUUCAACGAGAUCAGCGAGGAAGGCAAGCGAGCCCUCCAUGCGCUGCGCAAGGAACGCGACGGCAUCAAGGUGCUCAUCUUCCUGACGAUGGGGGCCGACGUCUCCGACUACUGGGCCGUCAUCCUGAACGUAGUACAGAAGAACUUGCCCGUCUGGGACCGCGACCGGGUGCGGCAGCACCUCGGCCUGCUCCUGGAGGACUUGCGGUGCAGCCGCCGGGAAACGGCCAAUCCUUGGAAGAAGGCCAAGUUCAUCCGCGUGGAGAACGAAGUCAAGCGGAUGCUGGGAGACCUUCAGCAGGGCACUUCCUAGUGCUCCGUUCCUGCUGGAGACUCCUGG